AUGUACAGAAUAGACACAGCUACAGAUACCGACUCUCCAAAGCCUAAAAGCUCAAAAUCACUGCCAAACUUGAUUCAACUGAUACCAGGCUUUUCUUCCAUUUCUUCUUUCACAACCCGCGUUUGGGAAUCCUUGCCAAGUCUACCCAAAUCUUCAUCCUUGUCCACGCGUGGCUCUCGUCCAUUUUCUUCGUUACCAGUUUCGAGUUCUCUCUCAAAUCCGUCAAAAAUCCACGUCCCCGCCGGAGUGCUGCCAAGCUUUUCUGGCGAUUAUAUGAUACGAAUGUUCUUCAUCUCUCCAGAGUACUUUUCAAAUUGGAGAUACGAGGAUGUGACUUUGGUCACAAUGUGCUCUGCCAACCACUUGCAUCACGUCAUCUCGCUUGCUGAGCGGUGGACUGGUCCAAUUUCAGUCGGCGUCUUUGGACCAGGCCUUGAAGCAUCCUUCGCGACAGACGCAAUCGAAUCCAUCAAAAGUUGUUUCCCAGCGGUGCGGGAACGAGUCCUUUUCCAUCUCGUCUAUCCAAUUAAUUUGCCAGCCGAUUUGUCAAAGUCGACGGGAAGAUUGGAGUACAACGACUGCGAAGAUCUACGCAAGCAGAUCAAGAGCUACGGCGGCGACGAAGAUGAUCGGGCCAACUACGGCGGAGACAUACCAUUUCCCCACAAUGUUCUUCGAAACGCUGCUCGUCGCGGAGCUCCGACUGCUUUCAUUUUCUUGAUCGAUGUUGACGUGAUGCCAAGUCUCAAUCUACGCGAGGAUUUUAACGAUUUCGCGAUACGGCACAGUCUUUACGACAAGAACGAGAACGAAAAGACGGUAUUUGUCGUCCCUGUCUUUGAAAAGAAGAAAGGCUCGAGCUGUCCUGAUGAUAAGCGAGAACUGGCAGAUUCGUGCAAUAGAAACGAAGUCCGCAGUUUUCACGAAGAGACUUGCAAAUGGUGCCAUGAACCGGAGCAGCCGAAAAAGUGGCUGCAAAUUCAAGGCCAACAAAGACUCGAAAUAAGCUUCAACUCGUCGUGGACCAAGUCUUGGGAGCCUUUUUAUAUUGCCACUCGCAAGGUUCCAUAUUUCGACGAGCGAUUUAUGGUUUAUGGCUUUGAUCGAAUCCAGCAAAUUUGCGAGCUCCACGUAGCUGGUUACCAAUUUGCAGUUCUUAAUACAGCCUUUUUGGUUCACGACGGCUGGAAAUUCCCUGAUAAAGAGAUCAAAGAGCUGCAAAACCGUCGGCGCUCGCGAAACUGGGUUCUCUUCCAUUUCCACUACCAGCAAGUCCUUCUGAAAAUGUACCAAAAUCCGAACAGCUGCGCGCCGAUCGAGACGUUCGUGCCGAAGGGCUUUAAAGCCUUGGCUCACAUCAAUUCUCGCAACAACAGAAUCAAACGAACAUACGCAUCAAGGAUAACUUGA